AGAAGGGAGGGACCCGCUUUUCCCGUGCUGAUGCUCCAAGGAGACUCCAGUUCUUUCCCCCAGCCGCCGCCGCAGCAGCAAAAUCUCGGUGCCAAAGAGUCCCCCGGCCGCCAGCCCGCUCUCUCCCGCUCUCGGUGCCCGGGGACUGCCUCCCCUCUGCUCCUGGAGGAGAGAAGCAAAGACAUGGAGCUUUGCAACUUGCACCAAGCUGGGACCAUCUGAUCGCAGCAGCAACGUGGACUGGAAAUUAACCAGCCCUUUCCCCCUCUUUGCAAAGCCCGGCUGGGCGGCGGGGGAAGAGACCCAGCCUCCUGCGCGGUUGCAUUGGGAUUUGUUCCCCGGUGAAGGGCUCCGACCUGCCCCCAGGGUCCGGAGGGGGAGGCGGUGAAGGGGAGCAUGACCUGCCCUCCGCCUGGUUCCAGGGAGCGGCGGUGCUAAGGGGGGACGCCAGGCGCCCCGGGAGAGAGCUCUGCCCCUGAGGACGUGGUCGCCGGAGGAAGGAGGAGAGCUGCCCGCUGGAAAAAAAAAAAAAAAAAAAAAAGCCGGGUCCGGGUUCCCGCUUGGAGCUCUUUUUGCAGCCCCAGAAGGGAGGCUGUCCGCGACAAUCGGUGGAUUUUUAAGGGGCCCCUCCAGCUUUGUGUGGUGCACUCGAUAUUUAUUGCCCCGGCCUAGGUUGGGUUUGUAUUUUCCUUUGCAAUUUUUUUUUUUGGAAGGGGGGCGGGGUGCAACCCCAAGCCAACAGCUCGCCUGAACCCCGGCGCCGCUCCCGGUCUGUUUGACUCAGGAACUCUGAUGGCUCCGCGGCGGCAGUCGAGAUGCCCUGGGUGCUGGUGGACUACUGGAGUUUGCUUGCUGGUGGCUUCCCUCUUACCAGGGCUCCGGGCUCAGACCGUCCUGGUCAAUGACACAGUCUCGGGGUUCAUCGGGAUGGACGUGGUCCUUCACUGUAGCUUCACCAACCCGCUCCCCAGUGUGAAGAUCACGCAGGUCACGUGGCAGAAGGCCACCAAUGGCUCCAAGCAGAAUGUGGCCAUCUACAACCCCGCCAUGGGGGUCUCCAUCCUCUCCCCCUACAAGGAGCGCGUGACCUUCCGUAACCCCUCCUUUAAGGAUGGCACCAUCCAGCUGUCCCGGCUGGAGCUGGAGGAUGAGGGCAUGUACAUCUGCGAAUUUGCCACCUUCCCAACCGGCAACCGGGAGAGCCAGCUGAACCUCACCGUGCUGGCCAAGCCCACCAACCGGAUGGAGGGCACCACCCGGCCCCUCGUAGCCAGAUCCGGCAAGACGGAAAAGAUCCUGGUAGCCACCUGCAUGUCCUCCAAUGGGAAGCCGCCCAGCACCGUCACCUGGGACACAAAGCUCAAAGGGGAGGCGGAGUUCCAGGAGAUCAAGAACAGCAACGGCACCAUCACGGUGAUCAGCCGGUACCGCCUAGUGCCGAGCCGGGAGGCCCACCGGCAGCAGCUCAUGUGCGUGGUCAAUUACCAACUGGACCGUUUCACCGACAGCAUGACCCUCAAUGUGCAGUAUGAGCCAGAAGUCACCAUCGAGGGCUUUGACGGCAACUGGUUUUUGAACCGGAAGGAUGUGAAACUGACGUGCAAAUCCGAUGCCAACCCCCCUGCUACCACCUACCAAUGGAGGCUGCUGAACGGCUCGCUGCCCGAGAACGUAGAAGUCCAGAACAACACCCUGUUCUUCAAAGGGCCCGUCUCCUACAGCCUGGCGGGGACGUACAUCUGUGAGGCCACCAACACCAUCGGCACGCGGUCGGGGCUCGUGGAAGUCAAUGUCACAGAAUUCCCCUCCACCCCGCCUCCAAAUGAUGACCGCAAAUCAGUGGCGCAACCGAACAUCCCCAAGGCCGUGAUUGGGGGCGUGGUGGGCGGAGUCUCGCUGGUCCUGGUGGUGGCCGUGGUGCUCUUUGUGUUGCUCCGCCGCCGGCGUCACACCUUCAAGGGCGACUACAGCACCAAGAAACACGUGUACGGCAACGGGUACAGCAAGGCCGGCGUCCCGCAGCACCACCCCCCCAUGGCCCAGAACCUACAGUACCCCGACGACUCAGACGACGAGAAGAAGCCGGGCCCGCUCGGGGGCAGCAGCUACGAGGACGAAGAGGAGGACGCCGGAGGCGAGCGGAAGCUGGGCCUCGCCAACAAGUACGAGGACGACUCCAAGCGACCUUACUUCACCGUGGACGAGGUCGGGGCCCAUCCGGAGCCCUACAGCGAAAGGACACUCGGCUUCCAGUACGACCCCGAGCAGCUGGACCUGGCUGAGAACAUGGUCUCCCAGAACGACGGAUCUUUUAUUUCCAAAAAAGAGUGGUACGUGUAGCUCGCCCCCUCCCCAGACCCCCACUCACGCUCCCCCCCCCGCCCUCCAGACCCCAGCCGAGGGCCGUUCGCACAUGCAUCGCACGCGCGCGCUCACAUCCAUGCACGUCCACUGCUGCCCGGCCCAAGGGAGCUCGACAGAGACUUGAGACACCUGCCACUCAUUUGGAGGCGACGGGGGCGGGGAGGGAGGGGCUGGUAGCUUUGCUUACGGAUCGUUUUUUUGGGGGGGAGGUUGUUUUGGUUGGUUUGUUUGUUUUUUUUAAUUUCUCCCACCGACUUUGUCCCCUUCUGUGGUGUUUGUAUUGAUCAGUGGCUUCGGUGUGACUAUUUGCUUUAACUACUACUGCCCACCUGUGUAUAAUAUGCCCCAUUUGUGUCUUAGUGUCUCGAAUCGUCCUUCCCCAAAGAUCCCUCCCGCUCCAUGCCCCCCGAAACACUGGAAUUUGUUUGUAUGUUGUCUUAUUUGGGGGUGAGAGGAGUCCAUGGGAGGGCAAAAAAAAAAAAAAAAGGAGGACCAAGGAGGGGAAAAGCACAAAGCAAUGAAGACCUAGAUGCCAUAUCGGAUUAAUUUUUUUUCUUUUUGUUUGUUUUUUUGGGGUGUUUCUGUUCCCCACAAUGUGCCUGUGACGAGCGAGUCUCAGUGUUAAGCAUGUAAUGAACAAAUAAGAAUCAAAUGAAACUAAGCAAAAUCCAAGGCACACGGGGCUGUUAUUGGCACAGGGAAAUGGAGCUGCCGUUUCCCUUCUACCAUUUAUUAUCCUUUUACAUCAUUUAAAAACAAGCCAACAAAAAGAAAAGGAAAAGAGAAAGGGGGGAAAAGACCCUGGCUGUAGUGAUGCCACUGGUCCCUGCUGGGGUGUCCAUAUUGUUUAAAGAUGUGAGGGGUUUUUAGUGUCAGCCAAGGAGAAGUUAAUUUCACCCCGUUUCUGACACACGCCGUGUCCUCUGCACGUACCUCCGUGCCACAGUGACGGGGAGGGUUCCAGGAGACACCUCCGUGCCCUGCCUGCAAACCUGCUGCCGGUUGGCAUGGUGCCACCCAGCCCAGUGGGCGGUUUCUUUAGGGGAGCUCCAAUGGGGGCCUAUGCGUUGACUUCAAUGGGCAUCAGGCCAGGCCCUUUGUAUUUAAACUGCUAGGUCUUCGCAGUCAUCUGUUUACAUCCUUCCCCUUUGUGAGAAUGUUGCCAGCCACGUCUCCCGUAGUAAUGACCCUUGCCCUUAUGGCCACUGAUAGCCUGCAUCGAAUGGCCUCUUUGGAGGCUGAUAGGCCAAGGACUGAUUGAGUCGUGUGCUGAUCUCCUCUGCCCCCCCUUGAGAUGUGAUGGGGAGGUUGAAGGGACGCUUGGGUUGCUGCUACCCCUGCUGUUCUGUGGCUAACUGAGAUUUCAGUCUCCAGGGCUGUCAGUCUGACACUGACCUUCCACCAAGGCAGGAUUCACUAGGUGUUUGUUUUUUCUGUUCCUUUACCAAAUGGCUAAAUGAAUGAAAAAGAGAUCACUGUUUUCAGAGGUGUAUUAGAAUGGGUUUAAUUCUCCCCCGGUGCCAUACACGGGUUUCAUGUCAUAGCCAUAGCCAUACAACUGGGCAGCAGAAUGGAGACUCGGACCCUUUCUCAUAAUCCAAACCAAAAUCCCACAUCCAGCUUCAGCCAGACUCUGUUCCAAAGCCCGCCCCAUGGUUUCUGGCUUGAGUCAGGUACAGUCGGACUUGCCCCAGAUCAUUCCCUCGAUGAUUUUGUUCCUGCUGUGGGGAUUGGAAAUCAGAUAACUCUGUUUGUAAUUGUUCUGGUUUUUCCUGGUGGUUUCUGUGCUUCCUGGUGGAAACACCCCAAGAGUGGCUGUUCUUGGGGUGCUUCUUUCCCCAUCAAAAGCAGGAUGUCUUGGAGAUCUCGGGCGAGAUGCUCUCCAGAGAUCUAGCUCAAGGGGUUCAGAGAAGCCAUUAAACUUUAGGGUGCCCGUCCGUCUCUGUCAGGUGAAUCCAUACCCGGGGAGACCGAAUUCUACCCUCGCUUCAACAUAGGAAUUUGGGGAUCUCGGUUUUCUCUUUUCGUACUACUGAGCAAAUGCCCCAUCGAAGGAAAUGAAAUCCCCAGCAUCCCUCUGAUUAGAUACCGAUUACGGUUGUAAACCUGCAAGCCCAAAGGGAGUCAAGGCCUCACCGGGUCCUGCCUAGGGAUAGCAGCACAUGUCGGAUGAAGGUGCACCACCAUGAUAUGAGACUCCCAGCACGUGGUGGACACAUGGAGUCCUGGGAUAAAGACAGAGCAGAGGCAGUAACAUUAUACUCCUGCUGGAUCUCAGUCAGACACUUACCCCCUUGCCACCUUGCUGUCACCUCGGGUGGUCUGGUGGUUCCGUACUUUACGGUGCCUCAUGCAUUAGAGAUGGGCCCUAGCCAAGUUCCCCCUCCCAAACAUAUGGGCUUUUGGAGCCAAAUCUCACUGGGAUCUGACUCCAAAAAGGGCCAAGCCAAAAUCCCAGGCCCAUGCUAACCCCAAGCUCUGGGACAUCCAAACUCCAGCUGCAGGUGUGAAUUUGGCCCACGUCUGAAUGUACCCACUCACACGGGCGAGCCAGAACUUCAUGCAAAACCCCCAGGCCCAGUUGAGCUGCCCUUGUGUCCUGGAUUAACAACCCCAAGCAGCAGGAGCCCCCAGUCCACGGUCUGGCAAAUUCUCUCACUGCAGAAUCCUGCGGAGUUGCCUCAGGGUAAUCCCAUUCUCAUGUGUUGCUUAUCAGCAAUACACCCUGUUUAAAGAAACUCUGAUGCAGUGGACCCCCAGUCAUCCGGUUUCUUUCCCUCCUUCCCUUCCUGAUCAGUUUUCCCUGCUAUCUAGAGCAGGUUGGUGUUAGUCCCUUGUCCUGCUGAGGAGAUCUCUGUUUAUAGCCAGAGGGAACAUGGAUACAAAUUCUCAAUGCUGGGAGGCAGGAGGUUCAGUAGGGUGCAUGGAGCCAGAGCCAGCACAGCAGGAUUUGAUUCCUCUUUGUAAUGGUUUGUUUGCCUGUAUUUGAAAGUGAUACGUCCCCUGUUUCCAAAUGACUCGGGGAUGGGAUGGCAUGUUCCCUUUGCACGUGGCGUGCAAAUGUGAAGUGAGGAGAUGUGCCCAAAUUUCCAUUUGCAUGCCCAUGUGUGAAAGCAAAUUAAGUCACCACAACAGCACAUGCACCCUUUUGUAGACUUGCGUGUAAAUGUGAACUGACCAGACGCAGGAGCGUUUCUCAUUUGCACACUCACAGGCAGGAGGUGAGGUGUGGUGUGAUGCAGGGAGCUCCCAUUUGCACACUUAGACAGGAAUCCUGCCCUCUCCUUAAUGAUCCAGAGUGUGUGUUUGUGCGAGACUCUCGCACCCAUAAGCAAAUCAAGGGCGCUUUACAGCUAGGGAGACAGACACAUGGCGAUCCAGUGUAAUGAAGAGCAAGUUUACAACCUUGGGCAGACAGAGCAGGCUGGCUCAGGGAGAGGAUAGGGCCGUAAAUGUGAUAGGUCAUAGACAGGCGGGUGGCCAUGGGGGAGCGAGGGCUGAGGGGAGACACUAUGGUCAUUGGGAACACCAGUAUAGUGCACACCACCUCCCCGGGGUUAAUGGCUCAUUCACCCACACACACCCCGCAGGGUGUGAGUCAUAGCUUCCAAGACUAGCCGGGACCACUGGGAUCAUCUAGUCUGACCUCCCGUGUAACACAGGGCAGAGGCCUCUUCCUAAAGACUUUCCAGAGCAGAGCUUUUCGAAAAACAGGGCCAGUGAUGGAGACUCCACCGUGACCCUGGGUAAAUGGUUCCCAUGGCUAAUUACUCUGACUAUUAAAUAGCUACGCCUUAUGCCCAGUCUGAAUUUGUCCAGCUUCAAUUUCCAGCUAUUGGGUUGUGUUAGACCUGCUGUCUCUGUGACUACACCAGGGCCGGUAGAAAAGAGGAUGGGGGGAAAUGUAUGCAAUGCCACCCCCCCCCAACCGGGGCCCUGCCUGCUUGGCUAGCCAGCACUCCUCCCCUGUGAACCAAGCGGGGCCCACCUCCCCUUGCCGUCUGCACGUCCGGUUUGGGAGCUACACCUCAAAGCUGCUCAUUCCACAGCGUGAGGUGGUCCCAGGCACCCCGCUGACUUAUCCUGUCCCCAUAGCACGUCAUCAGGGGCAGGCCUGGGCCCUACGGCCGUGGAAAAACCCAGGGCCCCUAGCUCCGUCCCCCUCCUCCUCAGAAGAAGGAUGUUUCCGGCUCUUGUUACUGAAAGGGUGACCGUUUAUGGGGUCAGUUAAUUGGACAAGAGUCCCUCAUGGGGCCUUAAUUAGUGAGCCUAAACGAUUCGCCGUUAAUCUAUAGCGAGGAAUAAGUUGCCUCAUGAAAUAUUAUGGAUUGACAAUUUGUCUGAGAGCUGCUGGGAUACAAUAACGAGAUCCAUUCCCUCUCUGGGGUUGAUCUCCAUCCGUGGGAGUCCAACCCUUCUCCUUGAGUUGGGGGGGCACUCUCCCCCCUAAUUAGGUCGAAGGUGGCUGUCGCGGCAGGAAGGUUGUGAAGGGGAGAUGCGUAGGGGGCUAAACUGAGGACGCUGUUUGUUUUGUGUCCCGGAGCUGCAUGGGAGCUAAUGGUUUAGAACUGGUACUCCAUCCCCACCCCAGUGACUCGAGCCCCACAGCUCAGCGAGGUGGGCCUGCCCACGAGACACACCAGAGCUUAGGGAUCUGUUACAGGAGUGAGUUCUGGGUGAGGUUCUGUGACCUGCCAUGUGCAGGAAGUCAGACUAGAUGAUCACGAUGGUUCUUAAAGUCUAUCAGUCUGUGAGCUUUUCGAAGUGCCAGUGGGAUUCCGUCGCCCAACUCCCGUUCCUUUUAAUGGGAGCUGAGCGUCCAAAUCCCCUAGACAGCUUUGCUGAUCCCGGCCAAGGCCUCUCUCCUUCCUGAGACGUGGCGCCCUCAUGCUAUGAAUCUGAGGAGACUCUUCAGAGCAGCCAUCUCCCCAUGGCUGCCAAAGGGCCCUCUCCUGCUGGUCCUCUGUGGCCAGGCACGGGCUCUUCCUGGGGCAGGAGCAGGCCACGUGGCUAAUGGGUCCGUCUCUGGCAGCGCCUCCUCCCUUAUUUAAUGAGGGCUAUCUGAGCUGCUUCCCAGACCCCAAGGAGGGAUUUUCCCAGGCUUCCUGGGGAAGGCCAGGAAGAUACAUUGGGGUGGCCUCCACUGCUGAGUAUUACUGAUGGAGAGGGUUUAAUUUCCAGUGGGAGAUCUAGGGCUAGCUGCCCUUAUGGCCAUGGGGAACGAGUUCCUAGGGGGCCGUUUGCAGAGCUAGGGUUUAACACUCCAAUACAGUCCCCUUUUGAACCUUUCUCUCUGUUAACCAGGCAAAAGAGCACAGAUUUCCAUGGAGGCAGGAGACAAGUAGAUCCGCUCUGCCCCUUCCUGACAGCUUCCUUUCUUGUGUGUUCCUCCUUCCCCUUCCAUCCAUGGCCUCUUUGACUUACCCCCAGGGUAGGGUUACCAUAUCUCAUAAAUAAAAAAAGAGGACCCUCCACUGGCCCUGGCCCCGCCCAUUUCCCCACCCCUAGCCCCGCCCCAACUCCGCCCCUUCCCCACCCUAACUCCGCCCCCUCCUCCCUUCCACUCCCAGCCAGGGGGAAAGGGCUGCCCCAGUGCUACCGGCUUCAGGGUUUGCCGGGCAGCCCCCAGACCCUGCGCCCCCAGCCGGCGCUUCCCCAGCGCAGUUGGAGCCCGGGAGGGGAAGCGCCCAGCCGGGGGCGCAGGGUCUGGAGGCUGCCCAGCAAACCAUGAAGCCGGUAGCGCUCGGGCUUUGGGCAGCCCCUAUGCCUCCGGACCCUGCGCCCCCAGCCGGGCACUUCCCCUCCCGGGCUCCAGCGGCGCAGGGUCUGGAGGCACGGGGCUGCCCGAAGCUGGUAGCGCUCGGGCAGCCCGGCUCUUAAACAGAGCCGAAGAGUCGGGGAGGAGCAGAGCCGCCAUUUUCCCGGACAUGUUCGGCUUUUUGGCAAUUCCCCCCGGACGGGGGUUUGACUGCCGAAAAGCCGGACAUGUCCGAGAAAAAGAGGAUGUAUGGCAACCCUACCCCAGGGCAGACUAGUGCAGAGGGACUCAGAAACUGCAUUUCUGCUGCUCAGGGGGAGCCCACUGGCCAAAGGGGGCAGGAGGCCUUGCACAGGAGUUUGCCUUGCACGUCAUAUUGCACACGUCUCUGCCCACAGGGAAAUCCCAGAGCUUGCUAAAGAUAUCUGGGCAGUCCUAGCCAGCCCUGUGUAAGCAGUAGUCCCUGGAAAGUCCAAGGGGAGAAGGGAUUGUUAGUGCCAGGCAAGGAUAUGGGCACAGAGGUUACAGACAAGCAGCCCGGCCCUGACAUAGUAGCCCAGGAAUUAUUCUCCAUGCAGUUGCCAUAGGGAAAGAGACAAGUGGGGAGAGACAAAGCAUCUGGGACCCUGUAUCACAAUGAGAAGGUGAGGACAGCAGGACAGAAAGGUGACCUUCCUGGUAAAGAAAGGCCUCAUUAUAUGGCUUCCAGGUCAGGAGAUGGCCUGUUGGAGAAAUGAAGGUGAAUUUGGUCUGAGCUACAUGCCCACGUCCCUUUCCCUCCCACAGUGAGCUGCACGCAGGCAGACGUGUCUUCUCCUGCAAACUAAAUUGAGUCUGUAUUAUUCGUAUGAAAACGCCCCAGCUGUUUUCCUGCUGGGGCUUAUGUCUGGGAUUAUCCAUCACAAUUCACCCCAGUGAUGUUAUUUUCCCUGAUUUAAUUACAAGAUUGUUUGGUGGUUUGUUCCUGUGUUUUUGUAAAUCAUUUUUAUUCAAGCCAGAAAAAAACAAAACACAAAACUCCAUCUGAAGUUUUCUUUGGGAAAAAACAAACAAACAAACACAAACAAAAACCCAAAUGGUAGAGCUGAAUUGAUUGCAGAGACGGCAGGGACAGAGGAGCCUUUCCUGGCUCAUCGUUGAAAGAAACUCAGCGACUGUUCACCACAGAUCGCUGAGGGGGAGAGAGAGAGAGUCAGUAUAGCAAAUAGAAAUGGGAGCAUGAUUAGAAGAAGGGACCACUGGUUCCUUUGUUCUCACACACACAUGCAAUGAGUCUCCCAGUCUCAGCUUGCCGGUCAGUCUGCUGGAGGAGGAGGGCUGAGAGGAAGUGGGGGCGGUCUCCAUUGAGUUUUGUAGGUGGACAAGUUUGUAGCAUGCCAGCAGGGCUUCCCAAACAAAGCGCUGCUCGGAGUUUGCUGUGAAGAAGUGGGGGCUGGGAUCCACUCCCGUCCCAGUUUCUUUUUCCCAACAGGAAGCAGUGCAGGGCAUGUGGAAGGGCUGGCUGGAGAGAUGCUUCGAGCUUCUCCAGGUCAAGCAGUACGAAACGCUCUGGAAACAAUGGCCGGUAGAGAAAUGCAAUCCCACCCCAAUCCGACAGCUGUUGGAAAUGCUGGAGAAAUGGUGGGUGUUUGGAAGAGUAGACCAGCAGGAGGGGCGGUGGGGAAUGCUCUAGGAACAUUGAAUGUGCGGCGCUCGUGGCUACCCCAGUCCCAGCCUCUCCCAGGAGGAGGCGCUGUGGGGAACGCUGCCAGCACUGUGUGCACUGAAGCCUCUCCGUAUUCUACGUGGCUUAUGAUAGCACUUUACCCCUCCCCCGGUUUGUGACUUUCUUUUUCUGUUUCGACAUGAUCCGUAGCGAAUUAGAGUGACUCGCUCUGCGUACGAAUGCGCUUCCCUGCAGAGCACCCCCUUCCACCGGGAAUGCGGGGAGGAGGGGGGCAGCAUGGGGCGGGGAGGAGAGGAUGAGACUGUGUCAACUUGCUCCCAUCCAAAUCCUGCCUCCGACCAUCAUUCCUGGAACUCGCCCCCCUCUCCACAAAGGGCCAACCUUGCAGCCGUUACUCACCGGAACGAGCCCCGUUGAAGGCGACGGCACAGUCCGAGAUGCACCACCGUGCCGAAGAGCCAGCACCAGUCCAGGUGCCAUGUUAUCCCUUAAAACAGGGUUUAAGUAGGAUGGCAGAGGGGACGGCCCAGAUCCUCAAUGGCGUUUAGGCACCGAACUGCCAUUGGGCUGAGGCUCUGGGCUGAAAGGCUGGUCCUCUGCACGGGGGUGAAUUCCAUCCAUGAGCAAAGGUUGCAAGGUCAAGCCCUACAGAAGGGGCUUGCCCCAUACAUUCGCACAGCACGGCAUUCCAUAUGUGAUCUCCUUAAGGGUGAAGGUCAAUGUAAUGACUAUAAGGGGCCAGAUCCUCAGCUGGUGUAAAUGGGCAUCCAUGGAGAGCUGCUGCUGCUGAUCUGGCUGGCUUUCUUUUCUUUCCAAACAUGGUCCCUGAACUCCAGUGACUUUUUUUUUUUCUUUCUUGCUGUAAUUAUCAUUGUGGAAUAAAAAAAAAACAACCCUAAAAAAAAACAAACCUUGCAUUUUUUUGUAAUCUGUGUUGUAAGUGCUUUUGUAAAAAAAAAAUAAUAAUAAUGUAACGGACUGAAUUUGCUUUUAUGAUUUUUUGUUUUGUUUUCCAUCCUUUGUAAUGAUUUUGGGUUGGGGGGGGACGUUUUCAUGGUUCGGAUUGGGGGGGUGUUGCUUCACCCUCCCUUUUACUUGUAUAAAAAAGAAUAGUGGCUCAACUGUGGAAAGAAAUGUACUUUUUUAUAAAUAAAGAAUUUUAAAAGAA